AAGUCCUCCUCCAGUAGGAAAACAUUAUGGACGGUGAGUGUGGACGGUGUCAGGAAAAAUAGCUUCUUGGAAUUUUACGCCAUGGUUGGAAUACUUUGUUUUGUCUACAUGUUUUGUUACAAGCACAAAUCCAUCUAUCUGUCGUCUUGGAAUUGAGUUAUAGUAAUCUUCACGUAGCUUCUCUUCUCACCUGGGAGGACGCUGAAUCCUGUUAGCUGGCGGUCCGGAUAACUAUUUCCGCUCUGUUUUCCAUGUUAUGAUGGCUGGGACCGCUGCAAUGCUAGGUGAUAAUUAGCCAGAUCGCCUUUUAGUUGAACAGUUUUAGUGGAUAUUUAAAGGUUUUUCGAGACGGAGGAUAAGGAAUACCUGGUUUUGUAUUGGAACGUUAUUCUUCACUACAUCUACCAGCAUGCACAGCGUCAGAUGUGACAGCCACAGCCGCAGAGAUUCCACAAACCUUCAAUGUGUUUUUUCUGGAUGUUUUUGAAGGCAUGUCGCAGCCACCGCGAGAGAAACCGCUGACUUUGGAUUGUACCCCAUUUUCUAUUUUUCUGAUCAAAUAUUAACUAUGUGUCAACGCAGCAGCUUGGAUUUGUUCGGAUACAUUUAAACUUUCAAGUGAGUGGGACGGAAGUCGACAAAAAGGAAACACCAGCACGGGACAAGUAAAACACAAAGGAUCCUUUCCCCUAAAGAAAUAUCAUGGCAUCAGUGUGGAAAAGAUUACAACGUGUGGGGAAACAUGCAUCCAAGUUUCAGUUCGUGGCUUCCUAUCAGGAGUUGAUGGUGGAAUCCACCAAGAAGUGGCAACCAGACAAGCUGGUAGUGGUGUGGACUCGCAGGAGCCGACGGAAAUCCUCCAAGGCUCACAGUUGGCAGCCAGGCAUCAAGAACCCCUACCGAGGAGUGGUGGUGUGGCCUGUACCGGAAAACAUAGAAAUCACUGUCACACUCUUCAAGGACCCCCACGCAGAGGAGUUUGAAGACAAGGAGUGGACGUUUGUCAUAGAAAAUGAGUCUCCUUCAGGUCGUAGAAAGGCGCUGGCAAGCAGCAGCAUUAACAUGAAGCAGUAUGCCAGCCCCAUGCCCACACAGACUGACGUCAAGCUCAAGUUCAAGCCCCUCUCCAAGAAGGUGGUGUCUGCCACGCUACAGUUCUCCCUCUCCUGCAUCUUCCUCCGUGAGGGCAAGGCCACUGACGAGGACAUGCAGAGCCUGGCCAGCCUGAUGAGUAUGAAGCAGGCCGAUAUCGGCAACCUGGAUGACUUUGAGGAGGAGGACGAGGAGAAUGAGGAGAACAGGGCCAACCAGGAGGAGAAGGCUGCUAAGAUCACAGAGAUGGUAAACCAGCUCAAUGCUCUCAGCUGCUUAGCCGGAGACCCUGAAGACUACUUCCUAAAGCUGGCUAGUAGAACGCCAAGCAGCGCUCAGUCUCCCUCUCAAGAGCUGAUCAGUAAGCUGAACUUCCUGGAGGAGGAUCAGGACACAUCCCCUGCCCUCUGCUCCAAUCCCUUCGAAGAUCCAGCUGAUGACGUUGAUGACCCCUCCCACCUGGAACACACCAAUCACGUCAACCCGUUCGGUGACCCGGAUGAUGAUGACACAGGGCCCCCCUCCCUGCCCCCCUCCCUCACCCUCCGACAGGACCCAGAGGCCUACUAUGUCCAAGAACCCUCCAACCCUUUCGACGAGGACGAAGUCAACACACACUCGCACACAGAGUACAACCCGUUUGACGAGCCCGACCAGGACCCAGACCUAGUCCCCGACCCCCAGGGGCCCCAGCAGCCGGAGGCUCCCAAACCCAGGGGGAGGAAGGGGGUCAGGCCGGUGGAUAUGAGCAAGUACCUGUAUGCCGAUACCAACGCACCUCCAGAGGACCAACUGGAUGAAUCCAACCCGUUCUACGAGCCCCGGACCUCCAGCCCAUCCCGGCCCUCCGGGGGCCCCUCUCCAGACUUCAGUAACCAGAAGAGGAGAGCCCCGCUGCCUCCCAGACCUCCAGGUCCCAGCCUCUCGGCCCCCAACACCUCCAGGGAGGGGGCAGAGAGGGAGAGAUUCAUGGCCAGUGGACCCAGUGCCGUGGCAGCUGUGGUGGGGCGAGAGCUGGCCUCCUCCUCCCCGAAGCCCAGUCCUAUCCCGAGCCCAGUGCUUGGUGGAAAGCCCAACGCUAGCCAAUCCCUGCUGGCCUGGUGCCGUGAGGUCACAAAGAAUUACCGCGGAGUCAAGAUCACCAACUUCACCACAUCCUGGAGGAACGGCCUGGCAUUCUGCGCCCUUCUCCAUCACUUCAGACCUGAGUACAUUGACUACAAGGCCCUCAAUCCUCAGGAUAUUAAGGAAAACAACAAAAAGGCGUAUGAUGUGUUUGCCAGCCUGGGCAUCAGUCGACUGUUGGAGCCGUCUGACAUGGUUCUGCUGGCCAUCCCUGACAAGCUGACCGUCAUGACGUACCUCUACCAGAUCAGAGCCCACUUCAGUGGGGAGGAACUCAACGUGG